CAGAUGGGAAUUGGUUUUGCGGAUGAGAAGAAAUCGAGUCCGUUCCUUCCGCAUAUAGGCGGAGCGGAGGACCUUUUACUUUGGUUCCGGAACAAAACAAGUGCCUUUGCUUAUAUAUUCCUUUUGUUUACUUGAGAAGUUAUUAUGCCGAUUUCUAUUUUGUAGGGGAGAAUUUCUUUACCUGAAAAGGCUCGCCCUGAUAUGGGGGCGGCUGUAUUCUUUGGUUGUACUUUCAUUGCCUUCGGGCCAGCAUUUUCUUUAUUUUUCUUUACAGUAGCUGGGGAUCCAUUACGUGUUAUCAUUUUAGUUGCUGGUGCAUUUUUCUGGCUGGUGUCUCUCCUGCUGUCAUCUCUGAUUUGGUUUGUAUCAGUCCAUUUGAGUAACCAAGAGAAUGCCAGUCUUCAGUAUGGGCUCUUGAUAUUUGGAGCAGCUGUGUCUGUAUUGCUACAAGAGGCAUUUCGGUUUGCAUACUACAGACUGCUGAAAAAAGCUGAUGAAGGUUUGGCAGCAAUUAGUGAAGAUGGGAAGUCACCGAUAUCAAUCCAGCAGAUGGCUUAUGUCUCUGGUCUUGCUUUCGGUAUCAUCAGUGGGGCAUAUUCAGUUAUCAACAUCUUGGCAGAUUCAUUGGGACCAGGAACUGUGGGAAUAUAUGGGGACUCCCCAUACUACUUUAUUACCUCAGCCUUCCUCACCAUGGCCAUAGUUUUCCUUCACACAUUCUGGGGAAUGGUUUUCUUCAGUGCCUGUGAGAAACGGCAGUUUCUAAUUUUGGGAGUGGUGGUCGUUAGUCAUCUAUUAGCAUCAGGACUGACUUUCCUGAAUCCUUGGUACAAAAGCAGCCUUAUACCUAUAUAUAUGCUUACUGUUGCUAUGGGAAUCUGGGCUUUCAUUACAGCUGGAGGCUCCCUGCGAAAUCUACAGCGAUGUAUCUCAUGUAAGAGCUUCUUUGGUCGGAAUAAAUCGUACAAUGUUAUUUGAAGCAAAGACCAAUGCCAUUUAUUUAUGUGGCUGAUAAAUGCAGUGUAAACGGAAAGAAGACGGUCACGUUUUGGUUUACUCAGCACUACAACCUCCAGCAGAGGACUGACUAUGAAGCCUGAACACAAUUGCUGAAUGCACAUCAAAAUCAUCAAAAUUGAGAAAACACUCAUCCAAAGUUUUGUUUGCCUUUUUUUAACAGCAGAACUUUAGAGGCAUUUUCUACAGUGGUGAAGAUGGGACUCUUUCCAAUCCUCCACUAUGUUUUUGUUUAAUUUUCUAUUCUAGAAUGUGCUGGCACUUCUGAACAUAUACAUUUUCUCCUUUACAGUGUGGGAUUUGGUUAGUCUGCUUUUUUCAUGUUUAAAAAUGUGAGAGCACAAAGGAGGAGGUAGUAACAUGUUCAAGGCAGAAUAAAAUACGUGUCACAAAGUUUUUUUUCCCCUCUUUCUCUCCAUGGGUUGGGUAUUUCAAGUUAAGUAGCAGAUGUUGGGAGUGUCCAGUAAAGCCUGAGCAAGUCUUACUUGAAUAGAUUAGUUUGGCUGAGUAUUUGCUUUACCCAUUUACUCCUCCUUUGUAAUAAAUCUAGUACUGAAUUCUUUCUGCAGAUAGGGGACAAAAUAGAGAAUAAUGCACCUGCAUAAAUCACAGGGAAUAAGCUGCUACUUGUUCAUGGGAAUAUGCUGCCUGGCUGAAUUUUAGGAACAAAUGAUAAAAUACUUGUUUAUUUUACUGAUAUUUUUAACUUUAGUCAGGUCUUUAAACUGUGUUUUUUAUAUGUAUAUUUAUGUGCAUAUAAGUACUGGCUUAUUUCAGCUGUGUUUGAAAUCGAGUGUCUUGAUUUACCACUAUGACUUUAUAGUUAUUGGCACUACCAUAUUAAAAAAAACAGUUUUGGUUAUUUAAACAGC